ACAACGGCGGCUAGCAACGGCAAACACAAAUUUGUUAGCAAAUAUAGACUUUACAGUAACGCUGGAUUUGAUAGCAGCCCAUCAAACGUAAUAUCCUUUUCAAGCCCAUGGCGACAAGAGGGGCAAUGGUCCAUGAAGACUUAUGGAUACACAGAGAGUGGCUUGUCCACCAGGGACAACAUCAGGCACUGGAGCACAGAUAACACCUUCAAAACAAUAAACCAUGAUCCCCAUCACUGAACUGCGGUACUUUGUGGACACACAGCCAGCAUACCGCAUCCUGAAACCAUGGUGGGAUGUGUUCACCGACUACAUCUCCAUUGUUAUGCUUAUGAUUUCUGUGUUUGGGGGGACACUGCAGGUCACCCAGGACAAGAUGAUCUGUCUGCCCUGCAAAUGGGUGGUCAAUCAGACCUGCAAGAAGAACUUCAAUUCCACCCUCUCCACAUCGCUCUUCUUGGAGCCCAAAGGGAUCCAGUAUGAUCUGGACCGCCACCAGUACAACUAUGUGGAUGCUGUGUGCUAUGAGAACAGAUUGCACUGGUUUGCCAAGUAUUUCCCCUACCUAGUAUUACUCCACACCCUUAUUUUCCUAGCCUGCAGCAACUUUUGGUUCAAGUUCCCUCGGACUAGCUCUAAACUAGAGCACUUUGUAUCCAUCUUGCUCAAAUGCUUUGAUUCGCCAUGGACCACUAGGGCGCUGUCAGAGACAGUGGUUGAAGAGAGUGAUCCAAAACCAAUGAAAAUGAAUGGCUCAAUGGACCACAAGGAGUCUGUUAUCAGUGAGGAUGUUGAAGCAAGUGUUCCUAUGCUCCAAAGGACAAAGACGCGCUUUGAGCAGGGCAUUGUAGACAGAACUGAAACAGGGGUUUUGGACAAGAAAGAGGGUGAACAGGCAAAAGCCCUGUUUGAAAAAGUGAAGAAGUUCCGUAUUCAUGUGGAAGAGGGAGACAUUGUGUACAGACUGUACAUCCGUCAGACUAUCAUCAAAGUCAUCAAAUUUAUUUUGAUAAUCUGCUACACAGGGUAUUACGUGCAUGAUAUUAAAUUCAGUGUUGACUGUUCAGUGGAUAUAGAGAGUCUGACAGGUUACAGUGUGUACCGUUGUGCUCACCCGUUGGCUACACUUUUUAAAAUCUUGGCCUGUUUUUACAUUAGCUUAGUAGUGGUGUAUGGUUUGAUCUGCAUGUAUACCCUUUGCUGGAUGCUUCGGCGCUCUCUAAAGAAGUAUUCCUUUGAGUCGAUACGGGAAGAGAGCAGCUACAGUGACAUACCAGAUGUUAAGAAUGAUUUCGCAUUCAUGUUGCACAUGAUAGAUCAAUAUGACCCUCUGUACUCUAAGCGCUUUGCUGUGUUCCUCUCUGAAGUAAGCGAAAAUAAGCUGAGGCAGCUCAACCUAAACAAUGAGUGGACACUGGACAAGCUCAGGCAGAGGAUAACCAAGAACUCUCAGGAGAAGUUGGAGUUGCACCUUUUUAUGCUCAGUGGCAUUCCAGACACAGUAUUUGACUUGAUGGAGCUGGAGGUUCUUAAACUGGAGCUCAUCCCAGAUGUCACCAUCCCCCCGAUCAUUGCUCAGCUGGUCAACCUGCGAGAGAUGUGGCUCUACCACACUCCAGCCAAAAUUGAAGCUCCAGCAUUGGCUUUUUUGCGAGAGAAUUUGAAGUCUCUGCACAUCAAGUUCACUGACAUCAAAGAGAUUCCCUUAUGGAUCUACAGUUUGAAGAAUCUUAGUGAGCUUCAUCUCACAGGGAAUCUCAGUGCUGAGAACAACCGUUACAUUGUCAUUGAUGGGCUCCGGGAGCUCAAGAGGCUCAAAGUUCUUCGUCUAAAGAGCAAUCUCACCAAGCUACCUCAGGUGGUGACUGAUGUGGGCAUGCACCUCCAGAAGCUUUCCAUCAAUAAUGAAGGCACCAAGCUGAUGGUGCUCAACAGUCUGAAGAAGAUGGUGAACCUGACCGAACUGGAGCUCAUUCGCUGCGAUCUGGAACGCAUACCGCACUCGAUCUUCAGCUUGCACAAUUUGCAGGAAAUUGAUCUGAAGGACAACAACCUGAAGACCAUUGAGGAGAUCAUCAGCUUCCAGCACCUUCACCGGCUGGUCUGCCUUAAGCUCUGGUACAACCAGAUUGCCUACAUUCCCAUCCAGAUCGGCACACUGACCAACCUGGAGAAACUGUACCUAAACAGAAACAAGAUUGAGAAGAUUCCCAGCCAGUUGUUUUAUUGCCGCAAGCUUCGCUUUUUGGACCUUAGCCAUAAUAACCUAACCUAUAUCCCAACAGACAUUGGAUUUCUCCAGAAUCUUCAAUACCUGGCAGUGACUGCCAAUAGAAUUGAGAGCCUGCCUAAUGAGCUGUUCCAGUGCAAGAAACUCCGCACUUUGAACUUGGGAAACAAUUGCCUGCAGUCUCUGCCAUCACGGUUUGGAGAGCUCACUGGGUUGACACAGCUAGAGCUGAGAGGCAACCGUCUGGAGUGUUUGCCAGUAGAGCUGGGCGAGUGCCGACAGCUAAAGAGAACCGGCCUCGUGGUGGAGGAGGACCUCUUCAACACCUUACCCACAGAGGUUAAGGAACAGUUGUGGAAAGUUGACAAAGAGCAGACUUAAAUAGGUCUGUGGCUGCAAGUAAAAACAGAUACUCACUAACUGGGCCCUGACACAGGUGGAAUGCCCACACUAUCGCAGAGGGCUUGUUGAAGCAGGCUGCUGCAGUGUACAGCCAGAAGGGUUGGGUAUCGAGAACCAGUGCCAGUUUGACAGACCCAAAAUAGUGAUUCUUACUCAUUCUGCUGAUUCUCAGCUACUGGUAGUUCUCCUAGUUAUUAAUUGUCCAGCUGAUUUGUAUUCCCUCACAAACAACGUCUCAGGCCUUUCCAUUAUAACUCAGUAAUGAUGCUUUUUAGCAAUAAUUAAGCAGUGCCAUUGUGAUCUGUAGUGUGCGUUUACAUUUUGUGCUUCUCAGUUAUGGUGGAGAAGUUUGAGUAUGCAAAACUGUGGGCCAAGUUUGCUACAGACUGAAAUAGAUCAUGAACAAAGUUUCUACUGUACUUAGUUACUAGAAACAAGAGGUUGCUCUCGUCUAAUCCAAAUAGUAUCAUUAUUUUAAGGGAACAAAUGAGAUAGUAAGGUUCUUCAUUUCUAGUCAAACUACAAUAAUCACUUGCUCCAGCUGUUUUGACUUGUAUUUCACUCUGAAUUGCAUCAUAACAUGCAAAGUAAUUAAUCAUGAAAGGCAAGAAGCUGUAGUACUGUCUUAUUUGUUUUUUGAGGAAAAAUUUAAGCAGAAGUUCACUUACAAUUUUUGACAAUUCACCUGAUCAAAAGUAAACUACAUAGUCAAGGUGGCAAUCCUUUACAUUUGAGUCAGUAGACCUGGCUCUAACCUGAUAUAAUUUGUAACUGUUGGUCAGUGUUUUUCCUGGUCUAGAGAGAAGACCAUGGCUUUCAACAGUCUACUUAUUAUUAGGAAAUACCUUUGUAUCUGUGUGCUGUAUUAUAUUUGAAAUUGAUCUAGAAAAUCAUGAAAGUAUGACAAAAACACAAAAGUCAGUAGUAAUGAGAGGAUGUUGUAUACAGUAGGAUGGAAAGGGUUGGUGAAGAGACUGUGUUAGUAGUGCAAGUGUUUCAGAGGCAGAGGAGUUGUCGUUGAUUGGCCUAAGUCUUGGUAACAGUACCAUGUGAGGUAUUAGAGUGCGACCCUUAAUCGGAGCCUUUUUGGCAGAGUGGAGUGGUGGUUGGCCUCUUUCUGGGGAUAGAUGUUCAGUAAUUUUGACCUAGCAGUUGAAGAAAAGCAAUUAUUCUACUAUUCUUCUCAGUGAACUAGCAUUACAAAGCAUCACCCCCAUUCAAUUAAACUAGAGGGGCAGCUUUUCAGCAAGCAGAUACCCAACCCUUACUGCCAAUACACUAUUAAGUGGGAUUUUAACUACAUCUAUUACAUAGCCAUGCUGCAUUCACAUUCUUUGUUUGCAAUGAAUUGCACAAAAAAAUGAACACAUUUUGGGAAAAAGGUUUGAAUGAUAUAAGUCAUGUCAAUGUCAAGGAAAGGUUCUAAAGGAUAAUACAUUGCUGGUAAUUUGUUUGGAAAAAAAAAGAAAUGUUCUAUAAACAGGUCAGAUUGUGUUGCCCUCUGUAGACGUAGAUGCUUACCUGAAACACUUUUCUUUGCUGUGGUGGAUAUGAAGUAACCACUGGUCGACUACUCUGGGUGUUACUGUCUACAUACAAUAAGUCAACAACCAGACAUGUCCUCAACUGUUUUAUUUUCAAGAGCCUGGCUUUGUCUUCAUUACAGUUUGUUAUUAGAUCAUUGUAAUAUUUCUAUGAUGUCUCUAUCUUGAUAGUAGUUAUUCUAUUAUUUCAAUCUUGCUGAACUGCAUUAGUAAUAUUAUAGCCACCUUAAAACUAAAAAUAUUUUAGUUGCUACAAAUUAGAUUAAUUAAGGUGAGGCGAAUAAAAACAUGGCCGUGUCUGAAAGAUCAUAUUAGUGAAGUUUGAAAUCUUAUCUUUUUCUAGGUUAUAAAAACUAGCUACACUACAUUUUAUGGAGAAAAAAAAAAAACUUCCACAAAUUUAUUAGAAGGUAUGUGCUUAUUUGAGAGAGCCAGGUCUUUCAGGUCAGUUGCCUUAACCACAGUUCACUGCUUUUGUGUUAUGUACUGUUUCUGUUGUUUGUUGUGGCAUCCGCAGACUUCAAAACAAAUUGUAGUACUAUUACUCAGCCCCAAAUAACAAUGGCAGGGACAGCAAGGUUUUUCUGUCUGUUUUAUAUUUUGUUCAAAUGUUCCAUUUCAUCAUUUUAUUUGGACAUUUCUACAGACAAGUUGCCACAGUUGAAACCAGUAAUCAAAUUGGGCAACUAGGAAGACUAUGAGAUGGAUGAGACAUCCUUUUCUGUUCUGAUGAUGGCUCUGCUAAUUUUAUUUUUUACAUAAAUGUUCCCCUUAAUGCAACUUUUAAGUCUCUUAACGAGUGUUGCUGUGCACUGCUAACAGCUACUAGAAGUGUACAUUUUUAAAUCUGAAGAUUAUGACUUUAAUUAUAAAAUAAAUUCUACAUUUUAUUUGUAAAAAAAAAUAUGUAGAAAUUUAUCAGUUUAGAUAUUAAUUAUUGACAAGAUCAUUUUGGUAAUGAAAGAGAGGUUUAUGUUUGAUUUUUUUUUUUUUUUUUUUUGUGCGUGUGUGUGUGUGUGUUUGUUUUUGUGCCAGAUACAGUCCUCACCUUCUAUGGAAACCCAUUCCUGACAGGAAAAUUACAAAAAAAAAACAAAAAGCUAGUAAUUAAAAAAUCUUACAAAGUAAUACAAAGUAAAAAAUUAUGAUUUAAUAUUUUAUCAUUUUAGUUUACUAAUGUGAUAUACAAAACUUUGACUUGUUGCCUUACAGCAGGCCGGUCCUGGGUUCAAACCCAAUGACAGUUUGACUUAGCAUCAUAUUUUGUCACAAUUUUAACUUAGUAUCUCAUAAUUAUAUCAGAUGUAUUUCUAUUUUUAUCAUUCCUAAUUUUUCAUUUUUUUUUCUGUCAGUAACGGACCUCCAUACUUUUCAGGUCAGGUCACCUAAUUAUUAUUUAUUUCUGCAAACUGUUUUUGUGUGUAGAGAAAAGUUUAAUGCUUAUUUGCCUGAGAGUGACUCUUCUGCACUUGUGUUUUGCCACAAUAAGCAGCACGGUGCUAAAAAUGUGGACUUCUGAAUACAACAUCACUGCACAGCUCUGACACAGCACAACACACUAUAGGGGUUCUGGUGUUUUCCCUCCCCAAGAAAAAAAAUAUUAGUUUAUGUUUUAAUAAACCUUACUGUGCAAAGAAAACAUGGACAGCAGCAAUAUAUACUACAGUAACUAGGUUGAAAAGCAUAGGAAUAGUGACUGAGUUUAAACUAUGUACAUUUAUUUCAGUAACAUGUUUAACUAUGCUAUAUUGUGCAAUAUUGCCUUGAUUUAAACUAUGUAAAGGGUAGUUAGUAGUGAUGUAGUUUUCUAAUGUGCAUGGGCAUUCUUUUUGUCACAUUCAUUUUACUAAAGGUGAUGGUGAGACUUUGAAUUUAAGUAGGUUGCUCUUAGAAGAUGCGUUUGCACUAUAGCACCUCCCACAAGUUACAUUUAGGUAAAUGCCAAUAAUGUUAUACAACUGAUGUAUACAACAUGUUUUCUAGUAUGGGCAUAUAUAAGGUAUACUGUAAAGGUCAAAUGAACGACUGCCAGCCAUGAGAAUGAAAUUGUAUAAGGUUACUAUUUCAGUUUUUUAGAACUAUUCAAUGGAAGACAAAUUAAUGGCCCUACAGAUACCUCUAAGUCCCAUCUAGAGCAUUUAAAAUGACACCUCAGCAAUACAUCACAGAUUAAGACAAUCAAGACUAUCCUUAUUAAGAGUGACAUCAGAAAACUUGAUGUCAUAGUUGAGUGUUGUAGUGGGCAGUCUACACUGCAAGUAAAUGGUCAGUACAUAAAAAUACAUUUUGUUGGUUGCUAGUAGUGAGUGCUAUCAGUAUGUUUUUGUCGCAUAGUUUUGUUUUCUGUAUUUCCCCUCAUCAUUUUGACCUGUUAUAUUUUUUUUCCAUUUUGACAGCUAUUAGUAUUAUUACAGUAUAACUAAAUUUCUCAGGAAACCAGCUAGUACUCACUUCUUUUUUGAGUUGAUUGCCUAUUUUUUUACUACACCAGGUAUUUUUAUUAAUUUAAACAGUUGUGAUAACAUUUUUAUAUGCAUUUCUAUACAUUAUUUUCUAGUUUGGUGUACUUAAUAUUGACUGCUGGUUUAAAAUGUGUUUUUGUGUUUCUAAAGAAACCACUUGGUUUAACCUUGAUUAUGUGUUUUCGUCAGAGAUCACGUAUUAAUUGAGCCGAUCGUUUCAUAAGUCUUCAUUGUGAUUAGCAGGAAGUGUGUGUGAAUGUUAUCCAUGUGUAUGUCCACUUUUGUUGUUUGUUCUCUUAAAUUCAUUAUCUUGGGUACAAAUCAUUUUUCAAGGUUUCCCAACUCAAUUCUAAUCAUAGGUAAUGAGCAAAUGUGGUUACAUAUAGUGUUUGCUUGACAAAAGUUCAACAACAAAUUCAUUAAAAAGGAAAUCAUCAGUGCAUCAGUAUUGACAUGAAUGAUGUGACCAUGAGUACUCUGAACAUGUGUCAGUCUCAUCCUCUGUACACACUCCACUAUAGGUGAAUAAGUAAAUAAACUUGGUUGACCAAA